AUGUGCAUGCAGUCAGCGUCAUUCAACGCGCUCUGUAAAGGACGAUACUUGGAAUCUCUCUAUACACUCAAGUGCAAAAGGGAACCCGGAGUUCCGAGCUCCGUCAACGAAGGAAGAUCAGGGAUGCCGUUGAUUUCGCCAAGAAAUCGAAGGUCAGAUGAGCCGGACACGUUAUGCGAUAUAGUCCCUCGAGAUGAUCCCUCGAGACGCGAAACGAACACCACGACGGCCGCUGGAGCUACGGACAGAUUUCUUUACAGAAGCUCUUCACGAAAGGUAUGUUUUGCUCUUCUGCCUCGAGUGAGUGCGAUCCAGUGGACCGCUCUGGCUCGCGACCAGGAGGAAUGGAGACGUUACCGGCGUCCGCUUUCUCCCGAAUUCUUUUGUCAAUAUCUCAAUAGCGAGCCAGCCUGA